CAGGGCUGAGAAACGUCAUCAUUCUGCGCCCGAAACCGGGAAGUGGAGUACGAUGUAACAUGUUUAGCUAAAAUUACUGUAAAAAAAAAAAAAAAGUAGACUUGAACGACACUUUUAUUAGAAUAUUUCACGUUAAAUGUUUUGUAGCAUUUUGAAGAUGAAUGCGAGUGAAAAAGAAAAGGAUCCUGCAGCCUUAAAGGAGGAAGGAAACAAGCUCUUCCAGGCAGGAGACAUGGAGGGAGCUGUGUGCUGUUACACUUCAGCACUAAAGCUGAGUGACAGCCAAACACAGAGGGCUGUUCUGUACCGAAACCGCUCUGCCUGCUACUUAAAGCUGGAAAAGUACAACAAGGCAGAAGCUGAUGCCUCUAAAGCUCUUGAAACAGAUCCAAGUGACGUUAAAGCCAGAUUCCGCAGGGCUCAAGCUCUUCAGAAACGUGGUCAGCUUGAUCAGGCCUUUCUGGAUGUUCAGAGGUGCGCCCAGCUGGAGCCCAAAAACAAAGCCUUUCAGGAUCUGCUCAGACAGCUCGGCGCACAGAUCCAGCAGAAGUCGGUGCAGCUUAACUCCACAGAUUCUCGUGUGCAGCAGAUGUUCUCCCUCCUCUUAGAUGCGUCUGUAAAAGAUGUGGAUCGACAGAAAGCUGCUCAGAAUCUUGUGGUGUUAUCUCGAGAAGAGGCGGGAGCUGAGCAGAUUUUCUGUAAUGAUGGAGUGAAGCUGAUUCAAAAACUUCUUCAAUCAAAGCAGGAGGAUGUAGUCCUUUCUGCCUUGAGGACCCUGGUUGGUUUGUGCACAGGUCAUCAGUCCAGAACUAUGGCCAUUGUGAAUGAGUUAGGAAUGGAGCAGCUGUGUGCUGUAAUGGGAUCUGGAGCUUCCAGUGUUUCCUUGGCUGCGUGCCAUCUACUCCAAGUGAUGUUUGAGGCUCUAACAGAAGGCAUGCAAAAAGAGAUCAGGGGUAAAGAUGAAGCCAUAUUACCUGAACCUUUCAAUGAGCUACGCUCAAUGUUGCGCCACCUGUUGGAAAUGUUGCCUGCAUCAAAUGUGUCGGGGCCUGGAAGAGACAGUGCCAUUAACCUCCUGGUCAAACAAGUACCCCGCAAGUCUUUAAAAAACCCGGAUAACUCCCUCACAAUCUGGGUUGUCAACCACGGACUGAAGAAGAUCCUGGAGGUGGCAGGGACGGUCCCUGAGCUCUCAGCAGGACCGCCUCUUACAGACAACUCCCACAUGAACUGCUCUGUCUUGCUUAGCAAACUCUAUGAUGACCUAAAGAGUGACAAAGAGAGGGAGAACUUCAGCAAACUAUGUGAAGAAUAUGUUAAGCAAAACUUCACCCAGUCUGGCUUGGAUGGCAAGCUACGGGCCAUUCAGACGGUGUCUGUGCUUCUCCAAGGACCGAGCGACGUGGGAAACAGAAUUCUGGAGAUGUCGGGAAUGAUGGAUGCUGUGAUCUCUCUGUGUGCCUCAGAAGAUGUAACUCACCAACAAGUAGCAGUGGAGGCUCUUAUACACGCUGCAGGAAAGGCCAAGCGGGCCUCUUUCAUCACAGCCAAUGGUGUGGCACUUCUGAAGGAUCUCUACAAGAAGAGUGAAAAUGACAGGAUACGUGUGAGGGCUCUAGUGGGCUUGUGCAAACUUGGAUCAGCAGGAGGAACAGACUUCAGUAUGAAGCAGUUUGCAGAGGGGUCGACACUAAAACUGACAAAGCAGUGCAGAAAGUGGCUGUGUAAUAAGUCUCUUCCCCCGACGUCACGUCGGUGGGCUGUUGAAGGUCUCGCCUACCUCACAUUUGAUGCUGAUGUGAAGGAGGACUUGGUGGAAGAUGGGAAUGCUCUCCAUGCCAUGUUUGAGCUAGCAAAGUCUGAGGAUAAGACUGUGCUCUUUGCUGUGGGCUCCACAUUGGUGAACUGCACCAACAGCUACGAUGUGGAGAAGCCAGACCCUCAGCUGGUGGAGCUUGCCAAGUACGCAAAGCAACAUGUUCCAGAGGAGCACCCCAAGGAUGCACGCUCCUUUGUGGAGAAGAGACUGGUGAAAUUGCUGGAGGCCGGUGUGGUGUCUGCUUUGGUCUGUAUGGUCAAACAGGAGAGUCCUGCCCUUACUGAGGCAUGUAGGGAGUGUAUUGGCAGGGUGUUCUUGGCUUUGGUGGAACGGCAGGAUGACAGAGGCACAGUGGUGGCACAGGGUGGAGGAAAGGCUUUGAUCCCACUGACGUCUGACAACACAGAUGUUGGAAAAAUCAAAGCGGCACAGGCCCUGGCUAAAAUAACCAUCACAUCCAAUCCUGAGAUCGCUUUCCCAGGAGAAAGGAUCUAUGAGGUGGUGCGCCCCCUUGUCAGCCUCUUAAGUCUAGAUUGUACCAUGCUACAGAACUUUGAGGCAUUGAUGGCUCUAACCAACCUGGCUGGCAUCAGUGAUAGACUCAGGCAAAAAAUAUUAAAAGAGAAGGCUGUUCCAAAAAUUGAAGGGUACAUGUUUGAGGAACAUGACCUGGUGCGAGCGUCGGCCACAGAGUGCAUGUGUAAUAUGGUCUUAAGCACAGAGGUGCAGAAGUUAUACCUGGCUACGGGCAAUGAUCGCCUGAAGCUGCUAGUGCUCUACUGCGGAGAGGAUGACGAGAGACUGCGGAAAGCGGCUUCAGGGACAUUAGCCAUGCUAACUGCUGAGCAGCCUGAGUUGUGCACCCGCAUCCCUGGAACAACAACCCACUGGCUUGAGAUCAUGCAGGCUCUGCUGCUCAGUCACAUCACAGAUUUGCGCCAUCGAGGUGUAGUCAUCGUUCAGAACAUGAUGCAGGCAAAGAAGAGCCUAGCUGAGAUGCUCAUGGAAAGUGAGGCUUUGGAGAUUCUGUCCGUUCUUGCAAAAGAGGGAGAGAUCACACCGGGGCCCAUCUCAAAAGUUGCUCAAAAGUGUCUGGAGAAAGCCGUGGAGUAUGGUAUCAUCAAGAGCAGGGAGGGAGCUGAGCCCUGAAAGCAGAAGUACAUUCUGGUACUGGCAAAAUGAUGUUUCAUUAUGGCAAGAAUUAUUUUUUUUCUGGUUGGUGAAACAUUAUACUGAAAUACCAGAGUCUUGUAUAACAAAGGGAAAAGCAAUAAUAAAUUGACUGAAAAUAGUGUUAGAUUUUAAAUCCAGAACAUUCCCACGGAUAUGUUUGUCACAAAUGAGUUUUGAUUGUUCAUUGAUUCUGUGCACCAUCAUGUAAUUUGCAAAAGUGUGUUCAACUUCUGAGAUGACAGGCUGCUUUUUAUACAGUAUUCCAUAACAUUUGCAAAUAAAUGUUAUUGGUAUACUUAAAAUGCUCAUAUCUUUAUAUUAUAUUUUAGUCAUUUUAUAAUUGUCUAUAAAAAAUGUCAAAGUUGUUAUCCU